CGCCAGGCGGGUUUGCGCCGCCGUCUGCUGCAGCGUUUGUGUCGGCGUGUGUUUCGUCUUUCCCGGCCCUGUAUCCCAGACCGGCGCGUGUCCCCGUCGAGUCAUGACGUUGAAGGCUGUGUGCGUGUUGAAGGGCGACGGCCCGGUGAAGGGCACCAUCCACUUCGAGCAGCAGGAAAAUGGACCAGUGGUGGUAAAGGGACGCAUUACAGGAUUGACUGAAGGCGAGCACGGAUUCCACGUCCAUCAGUUUGGAGAUAAUACACAAGGCUGUACCAGCGCAGGUCCUCACUUUAAUCCUCAAUCCAAAAAACAUGGUGGGCCAAAGGAUCAAGAGAGGCAUGUUGGAGACCUGGGCAAUGUGACUGCUGGCAAAGAUGGUGAGGCCGUUGUGUCUAUUGAAGACUCUUUGAUCUCACUCUCGGGCGAACAUUCCAUCAUUGGCCGCACAAUGGUGGUCCAUGAAAAACCAGAUGACUUGGGCAAAGGUGGAAAUGAAGAAAGUACAAAGACGGGAAAUGCUGGAAGUCGGCUGGCUUGUGGUGUAAUUGGGAUCGCCCAAUAAACAUUCCCAAGGAUGUGGUCUAAGUCCUAGUAACUCAUCUGUUACCCUGCUAGUUGUAGAAUGUUAACUUGAUAAACAUUAAACAUUGUAAUCUUAAAAGUGUAA